UCGCAUGGUUCGAACACAAAACAAAUAAAGGUUUAACACGUGUACUACUUCUGCAGGGCUGGUUGCUCGGGUUGUGAUGCGACGGUGGAUGCACACGUUUCCAAACAAGAUGUGCUGUCUUCAAGCGAUGAUCACUGUGAUGGUCAUCCUCAUCCUCAACUUCAUCGGUCAGCUCAAUUCUGCGGAAGUGGACACCAAUGGCUACAUUGCUUAUUGUCCUUGUAUGGGGAGGUUCGGAAACCAAGCAGACCAGUUCUUGGGAGCCCUGAGAUUUGCAUCCUCAGUUAACCGCACCCUUAUACUUCCACCAUGGGUAGAAUAUCGACGAGGCCAAAGUAGAUCUGUCCAAGUGGCUUUCGAUACAUACUUCAAAGUUAGCGAGGUAGCCAAGUUCCAUCGCGUCAUCACUAUGGAGUGGUUUAUGAAGAAGCUGGCGCCGACACUGUGGCCGCCGGGACAGCGCAUAUCAUUCUGUCACAGUGAGCGGACAUAUGGAGAAAAAGAAGACUGUAAUGCAAAAGAAGGCAACCCAUUUGCAUCCUUCUGGGAUACGUACAACAUCGACUUUGACAUGUCGGAGUUCUUUUCCCCUCUCUAUUAUGAUACUGGCAGUGCCCAUGAAAUGAAACGCUGGCAGAAAAGAUACCCUGGGGACAAAUACCCGGUGCUUGCCUUCACAGGACCCCCCGGAGCCUUCCCCGUCCAGAGGGCAGACGUGCCACUACAGAAGUAUGUCCGCUGGUCGGACAAGUAUGAGAAAAUGGCGGACGAUUUCAUUGCAAAAAAAUAUAAAGACAAGCCUUUUAUUGGGAUUCAUCUCAGAAAUGGCAUUGAUUUUAAAAGAGCGUGUGAACACAUGGACAGCUCGGAAAAUAUGUUCGCUUCUCCUCAGUGCAUCGGCUACCGAGGUGAAAAGGGAAAGGCAACCAAGGAAACAUGUUACCCAUCGGAUAAAAGUGUUGUUAAGAAGGUCAAGGCUGAGGUGAAACGGUUAAAUGCUGGAACAGUUUUUGUUGCCACAGACGACAGGGAUUUAAUAGAUGUCAUGCAAAAAGCCAUGAAAAAGGUGAAGUUUGUGAAGCAGGGAAGUCCAGCCAGCCCUCACCUUGACCUUGCUAUUCUUGGCAAGGCGGACCACUUCAUAGGAAACUGUAUCUCAACAUUUACAGCAUUCGCCAAGAGGGAACGAGACACCAAAGGACUGUCCUCGUCUUUCUGGGCUUUUGAACCAAAACAGAAAAAGGAUGAAUUAUGAUGGCCUUUUGUUCAAUUCAUUCAAAUUCAAAUAUCUGUUUGUUGAUAGGAUGCUGUUUUUAUGCAGAGAAAAUCUGUGAUUACUCUGAAACCGAUCACUUGACUUGAUAACAUUAAGCCUGGUCAGUUUUAGUUUCUUUAAAAAUAAUGUUUUUUGAUAAGGCAAAAUAUUUGUUCAAAGUUUAAUCAGGAUUGAGUAGUUUUCUUUAGAUAUGAAAAAAGUUCAAAUUAUUCAUAUUUUCUAUCAAACCUUUAUUUUCAAAGUAUUUUUUUCCUAUUUUUCCAACAGAGGCUUAUCAAUAAAACACAAAAACUGUGUUACCAUAGUUACUGGGGCUGUCAGAAUAAUGCAUUUACAGAUAUAAUAAUGCAUUCGGCUCUUUUCACCUGAAGUAAUCUUGGUUUGAAAUUGUUAGAAAUAUAAUUUCUUCACUCGGGUCACUUGUUUGAGAUGAUCUUGCAGGACAGUGUGUGCUUCAAGUUUGUUAAACAAAUCUUAACGCAAUCGAGGCAGAUUAUAGCCAGUGAGUUACUACAGUGAAGUCAUUUGUACUGACUAGUAAUUAUUUUUAAAGUACAGUGAGAUGUU